GAUUGAUUACUUGCACUUUGCAGUGCACUUUCUACACUUUAUCGUGUCUUUUUAUUAGUCGUAUAAUUUGGCUUUCGGGAAUGUAUCGUAUAUAUAUCUUCCACUCUAUGUAAUAAUACACAACUACGUGUUUUUUUUUCUAGUUUUCAGUUUGACAUUAAUCGACAUGCUAAAAUCGACAUGGGUUCUUCUGUUAAUUCUUCAAAUUUGUCUCGUUGGAAAUACGGUUGGUUCGAUAGGUGACAAGUCGCAGGUAUACAACCAAUGUCUAACACUGUGUCGCAAUAGCAACUGCAAAGAUGAAAUAGAUUUUAAGGAACAACCUCCUUUAUCAUUAAUCUUGCUACGCUGGUCCUGCAAGGAAGAUUGCAGUUAUAUUUGCAUAUGGAAGACAGUUGAUUUCUUUGUAUCUCAUGGUUUGAAGAUACCGCAGUUUCAUGGAAAAAUAUUCUUAUUCUUGCUGCAGUGGCCAUUCAUCCGUCUGUUUGGAUGUCAAGAGCCUGCUUCGGUUUUAUUCUCUAUACUAAAUUUUUAUGUACAUUGGAUAAUGUAUGGGAAAUUUAAAAGAAUGGCAGAUCGAGCCAAUCCUAUGUUCUAUGCUUGGGCAUAUUUCAGUAUUAUAUGUUUAAACGGAUGGUUUUGGUCAACCGUAUUCCAUUCGCGGGACUGGCCAUUUACCGAAGCUAUGGAUUAUUCUUGUGCGUUUAGUAUGGUACUUACACUUUUGUACUGUAUGCUUUUAAGGAUAACGAACAAGAGAAAUAAAGCAUUCGUUAUAAUAACUUGCGGAUAUGUAAGCAUUUUGUGUACACAUUUACCACAUUUAUGGUCAGGCAGAAUUAAUUAUGGUUAUAAUAUGAUGCUUAAUGUAACGAUAGGAUUAAUGACUGUCGCAGUAACAAUGCUGUGGUGGUAUUUUAACCGUAAUAAGUUGCCUUACGUGUACUUAAUCGCUUGGUUCAAUAUAUUGACUAUUUUCGUGACUCUGCUCGAGUUGGCAGAUUUUCCUCCAAUUCUUUGGACAUUUGAUGCUCACUCCUUGUGGCAUGCCAGUACAGUUCCUUUAACGAUAUUAUUAUAUAGGUUUAUGAUCACAGAUUGUUGUUAUCUGAAAAAAUAUUGUAACAAAACCAUUUCUGGACAUUGAUCUUAGCAGUAAUUUCUCUUUCGUAAUGCAUAAUGCUAGUCAAUGUAAGCCUUUGUAAAUAUUCCAGGGCAGUACGUAUAACAAAUAUUGGCAGAGAGAUCGUAACAUCAUUGACCUUUGCAGAAGAUAUGCAUUUAGCAGUCUAUUAAAUAUAAAUAUGACAUUUAUAUUUGCAAGAAAUCUUUCUCCCCCUUUUACAUUUUUUAAUUCUAUAUUGUAUAAUACAUUGAAAUUCUUAUCAGCAAUUCUUAUGUGCAGCGGAAUGAUUUCUUUCUUUUACCAGAUUAUGAUAAAUAAAACUUAAAAAAAUAUUAAUAGAGAAUUUGUGGCUUGAUUACAUGAAUAGGCAAUAAAAGAGAGUUAUAACAAA